GAAUGUUGCAGAAAGAACACUGCGUUGUAGAAUUCCCUCCGAGAAGAUGGAUGACGAUUCUGUUUAUAUGGGUGGUGGCGGAGAUAUAAAUAGCAGAGCAGUUAAAAGGGACCCCACAACUAUAAAAAUGGAAGAAGGCGAGGAGCUUAGUCAGGAUUCCAGUGUGAUGAACAACUCGCAAAGCGUCCUGGAAAAGAUUGCUAAUUUGUACGCAGAGCAGCUAAUGUCUGAUAUAAUAUUGGUGGUAGGUAAUGAACAAUAUCCAGCGCAUCGUGUUAUACUCUGCGCCAGCAGUGAGGUGUUCCAAGUGAUGCUUAUGAACCCCGAGUGGAAUGAGUGCCGCAAGCAUGUUAUCGAAUUGGUUGAAGAACCAUGUUGCACAGCGGUAUUUCCACAAUUUCUGAAAUAUUUGUAUGUGGGUCAAAUAAAAAUCUCACUACAAACGGUAAUGCCAAUGUUGGCCCUGGCAGACAAAUACAAUGUGAAGGAUCUAGUAGAGCUUUGCGUUGACUACAUGAUGAAACACAUUGCCAAGGCGGCCACUCAAGGCUAUCUAGUAUCUUGGUUGCAAUAUACAAUUGCUUUUAGCCCUUAUCACAAAGAGCUCACCGAGACAUUAAAACGGUUUUUGAAAUGGAAUUUAGAAAUGGUGAGCGAAUCAAAAGAUUUUGUCGAAUUGGAUACCGCAAUCAUGGUGUUGCUGCUGCAACAAAAUGACAUUGUGGUGACUAGUGAAUAUCAGCUAUUUGGCAUAUUGCAACGAUGGCUCUUACAUCGCAAAGAGGUGUUUGACAACGAUGAGACGCUUACCGUGGAAGAAAAAAAUACUGCUUUCUUGCAAUUAGUCGAGCAGACAGUUGUGCACAUACGAUUUGCAAUGAUGACGCCGCGAGAACUGGCGCACUUGCUGCUCUUUCCACUAUUGGAAUACCACAAGGAGUACAUUGUACAGCGCAUGGCAAUAGGUAUGAGCUAUCAGUCAGGUCAGGAAGAGCGAGUAAGUGAAGUGCGUUACUCCCCAGAAGGCAUGCUGCAAUUUACACCGCGACUUUACUCCAAUGAUACAUGGAGUGUCAGCAUUCAUGUGAAGGAGUUCGAUCAAAUCGAAAAAUACUCGAACUAUGUUACGUGCUUUUUCUCGCAGCGCAAUAUUGCUGAAACUGAAGAUGAUCACACUAUAACUUGGGAGAUUGAAUUCUUUCCGCGCGGCGUCAAAUACAACAAAGCGAAGAUCAUUUGGGGGGAAGAUGUGCCGGAGUUCUCAUUGAAAACUGUGCGCCUACGGGCCACUUGCAAGUAUCCCCAAUUGGACGAGGAACGUUUUAAGGUGGCUGUGCUGAUCACGGGUGUGCAGAAUAAAAUCGAUCAUAUACUUACCGUGCAUGAACGUACCGAGUAUUUCUCGAAUAAAGUGCGAGUAUUAAAUGUGGACAACCUUAUACCCUACGAUGAGCUGGCGUUGUCUUCCAUUAAAUUAAGUCCGCAUUUAAUAGGGGCUGAGCGUAACAAUUUGUCAAUACAAGUGAUAAUAGCGCCAAUGGGGCCGUAUACGUGCCGUGAUGCGCCACCAUUUGAUUUUAAGUAAACAAAA